GUGGCGCCAAAAGGGGCGGUCUCGCUCCUUUCCCGCCUGAAAUUAAUGCAUUUCCCUCCAAAACUGUACAGGUGUAUAUUAGUCCCUUACUGAUCUUCACUCUGGACCCAGCAGCUCUUCUCUGAGGACACAAACACGGUGUGUUUGUGCCUGCAGGUUGUCCAGAGAGCUGAUUGGUUGCUGCUUUGAAGCCAGGUUUUUAAGGGCCGGCUCCUUCCAGUUCCUGGGGGCUCUGCCUCUGUUGUCCUAGACUGCAAGCAUGGUUGACUGUUCAACACCGCCUGUAAACAUGUCUGGGAGACGAGCUGCCCUGAAGUCCAUUGACUGGCUGGCUUUUGCAGAGAGGGUGCCACCCAACCAGAGGACCAUGUUCAACGCCCUGAAGACACGGAGCGAUGCUAUUGCUGCAAAGCUCCGCUCUCUGCCAGAGAAACCUGCCUCCAUUGACUGGAACUACUACAGGUCUGCUGUGGCUAAAGCAGGCAUGGUGGAUGAGUUUGAAAAGCAGUUCAACGCACUGAAGAUCCCUGAGCCUGUGGACACUCAGACGGCUCUCAUCAACGCUCAGGAGGCAGAAUCAAACAAAUCAGCUGUUGCCUACAUUGAAGCAUCCAAAAGCCGUAUCGCCGAGUACGAGAAACAGCUGGACAAAUUCAAGAACAUGAUUCCCUUCGACCAGAUGACCAUCGAAGAUCUGAACGACACUUUCCCGGAAACGAAGCUGGACAAAGCGAAACAUCCUUACUGGCCACACAAACCAAUUGCUGAUCUGUAAAUUCACCAUCCUGACUAUAUUCUCUGAAAUUUAUCUUCCACCAAGAGAAAAACCUGUAUGUGUAUAAAAGUCUAAUUUUAUCUGUUCGGGAGGUUAGAAAAGAACGACUAUGAUUGUAGGAAAAACAUGACGUGUAUUUUGUUUCUUCCUGGUUAUACUCCUGCGAGUAAACCCCAAAUAAAAACGGCACUAUUUUCUUGCU